CCGGCGGUGAUGGAGGUGCAGCACCUACAUCCUGUGACUCAUUCAACAAGACAAGGCUUGCUUUAAAUGUCAGCAAAUCACGCCUCAACCACAGCAAGGUCACCUUGAUAUGGAUCUAGUAGAGACCUGAAGCUCGGCUCUGUUUUGUGUCCUCCUGUUUCUGCUCGGAGUGAACCAAAGAGCGCAGCAGCCUCUCUUUCUCUUUCUCCCCCUCCAGGACUUAAUUUGAUGGUAUAUUCACUUUUUUCUUUUUCUCCGCUGGACUGCACCUGUUCACCUGGACACACGCACAAUCACAGAGAGGACUUUGGCACAGGGUCUCACAGGGAGUGAUGGCGGCGUCUGCACCCACCUCCUCCUCCGCCUCCUCCGCCUCCACUGGCGGCGAACCGGAUCCCAACUCGACAAAUUUACGACCACCGGGCUCAAGCUAUGAUGCUUGGUGUGGAGUUGCUCAUGGAUGCACUAGAAAAUUGGGAAUGAAGAUAUGUGGAUUUUUGCAGAAGAACAACAGUCUGGAGGAGAAGAGCAGGAUGGUGAGCUCCUUGAAGGAGCGCACAGCCAAGAGCCUGCUGUCCUGCGAUAACAGCGGCACAGACGCGCGUUUCAGACACACGGAGACGGAUUUCUCCAAUCUGUUCGCCAGAGAUCUACUGCCUGCCAAAAAUGGAGAGGAACAGACCAUGCAGUUCUUGCUGGAGGUGGUGGAAAUUCUCACCAACUACAUCCGGAAGACCUUUGAUAGAUCCACCAAGGUGCUGGACUUCCACCACCCCCACCAGCUGCUGGAGGGCAUGGAGGGCUUCAACCUGGAGCUCUCUGACCAGCCUGAGUCCCUGGAGCAGAUCCUGGUGGACUGUAGGGACACUCUGAAAUACGGAGUGAGGACAGGUCAUCCCAGGUUCUUCAACCAGCUGUCAACUGGACUAGACAUUGUUGGUUUGGCAGGAGAGUGGCUCACAUCUACAGCCAACACUAACAUGUUCACCUACGAGAUCGCCCCUGUCUUUGUACUCAUGGAGCAGUUGACCCUGAAAAAGAUGAGAGAAUUCAUUGGCUGGCCUGACGACGAGGGCGAUGGAAUAUUUUCUCCAGGAGGAGCGAUCUCCAACAUGUACAGCGUGAUGAUCGCCAGAUACAAGUUCUUCCCCGAAGUCAAGACCAAAGGCAUGUCGGCUGCACCCAGACUGGUCCUCUUCACUUCCGAGCAUAGCCACUACUCCAUCAAGAAAGCCAGUGCAGCUUUGGGCAUCGGGACAGAAAACCUGAUCCUUUUGAAAACAGAUGAGAGAGGGAGAGUCAUUCCUGCUGAUUUGGAAGCCAAAGUAAUAGAGGCCAAGAAAAAGGGUUGUGUUCCAAUGUUUGUGAAUGCCACCGCCGGGACCACAGUCUACGGAGCCUUUGAUCCCAUUAAUGAAAUUGCAGACAUCUGUGAAAAAUACAACAUGUGGCUUCAUGUGGACGGUGCUUGGGGAGGAGGUUUGCUGAUGUCCAGGAAACACAGACACAAGCUGAACGGUGUAGAAAGAGCCAACUCAGUCACCUGGAACCCUCAUAAGCUGAUGGGAGUGCCACUGCAGUGCUCUGCCAUUCUGGUCAGAGAGAGGGGUUUACUACAGAACUGCAACUCCAUGAGUGCAGGCUACCUCUUCCAGCCGGACAAACAGUACGACGUGACAUACGACACAGGCGACAAGGCCAUUCAGUGCGGACGCCAUGUUGAUAUCUUUAAGUUUUGGCUCAUGUGGAAGGCAAAGGGAACAGUGGGGUUUGAGCAGCACAUUGACAAGUGCCUAGAUCUGUCUGCGUACCUCUACAAUAAGAUAAAAAACAGAGAGGGCUUCAAGAUGCUGUUUAACGAAGAGCCGCAGCACACCAAUGUCUGCUUUUGGUACAUUCCACCAAGCCUGCGAGGCCUGCCUGACGGUGAGGAGCGGCGGGAGAGGUUGCACAAGGUGGCCCCAAAGAUCAAGGCACUGAUGAUGGAGUGUGGGACCACCAUGGUGGGCUACCAGCCACAAGGAGACAAGGUUAACUUUUUCCGCAUGGUCAUCUCCAACCCUGCUGCCACUAUGUCAGACAUCGAUUUCCUGAUCGAGGAGAUCGAGCGACUGGGGAAUGACUUAUAAGAGCCACUCCUGUAUUUUAAAACCUCCUGAAACAUCUGGAGGGCCUUGAGCCUGGUUUCAUGUCUCUUUUUGUCUUGUACAGAUGUUGAGUUUUGUUUUUUUGUUUUUUUGCUUACGAUGCACAACAAAUAAUAGUAUGCCCUAUGUGUCAACUCUCUGUCUGUUCUGUCUUUAGCGGCAACGAUUAAAACAUCUGCAUAGCUGAGUAUCUGAGUGAAAAGAACACAAGUCAAAGCUUGAGAGAAUCACACGAGCACACUGCUGUUCUGGCGAAACUAUGUUCAAUGUAACAUCAGUUUGAGGAAUUUAAAUGCAGGUUCCUUCUCAUGUGAAUGUGAAAAAGCAAAAAAAAACAAAAAACCUGAGGACUUGUAGGAUUUUGUCAUGCAGCAGGUAUGAACAGAAUUCUACUACUGUACCAUAUGGAGAUC